AUGUAUAUAGUGGAGGUAAGAGAAGUGUGGCAACACUGUAGAGCACAGACUACCACUUCCUCACAACACCGAGACUUGACUUGUUAUUUUAGAAAAAUAAGAAAUGUCCAAAGCAGAGAAUAGCAGUGAUGGUCCUCCAAGAAAGGUUCCCCGUUUAGACAGCGAAGAGGACGACAGCAGACAGUCAUGCGCAACAACUGGAGGUGGCAGCCAGAGCCUGGAUAAAGAAGAAGCAUCGUGGGCAUGGGCAGGAACUGGAUUGACUUCCACUCGGGCAUCUGGUGGCAAUGAUAUGCUGUCGGACUCUCGGUACGAAGGCUUUCAACUUUUAGAUGAAGUGCAUGAUGGGGAUGAAGAAGACAACGAUGAACCAGAUGGCCAAGAUUCUGAGGAGGACUACGAAUAUGAUUCCGAGGUGCCCGAAGAAGAGAUUGAUGCUCUUCUGGAGGAAGGACUUCCAGAGGAAAUGAAAGGCCCAAGAAAGAGAAAAAAGGACACUGUUUUAGGAGAAGGAGAGGAUGCCCCAUAUGAUGAAAGACAAAAAGUUGUUCUUGUUGAAAAAGGCAGCAAUCAUUUUGAGGUGCUGCCAGAGGGUUGGGUGCAAGUCACCCACAACAGUGGUAUGCCAGUCUAUCUUCACAAACAAUCAAGAGUUUGUACUAUGUCCAAACCCUACUUUCUAGGACAAGCCAGUGUUAGGAAACAUGACAUUCCUUUGAGUGCUAUCCCAUGCUUCCAGUACAUGAAGGCACUUGAGGUAGAAAACAGCAGUACAGAAGAAAUCAAAGAGAGUACUGAUCAAGAAAAGAGUGAUCAAGAUGAUAGAGAACAACAGAGAGAUGAAGUACCAGUGGAAAAUGGAAUUGAUAGCAUCAAGGUUGCGUCAAGUGGGAGUCGACCAUCUGGAUGUCCCGCGAGCACUGGGAGUCUGGCUGCAGCUCUGGCUCUCAACACUGGUAAAGAAGGAGUGGCUCCACCUGCAGCAUUGAUGGUGGGUAAUGCCAAGAUUGAGACAGCUGUUGAAAACCUGCAGCAACAAUCUCUUGAUGUGACAGAGUUGCGAGAGUACUGCCAGAAGCGUUUUCAGUUUAAGAGCAUCAAAAUCAUUAGAUUCAAGUCUUGGGCAGAAAGGAGGAGAUUCCAGAAGCUGAAUAAAAAGAAAGAUCGUCCUCAGUUACCUGAAGGAACCAAACUCAUCUCACUCAGGAGACAAGAAGAAGAUGGUGCUCCAGCAGCUAGCAGUAAAAAGGAAUGGAUUAUGAAUCCCAAAGGAAAAAGUUAUGUGUGUAUCUUGCAUGAGUAUGUCCAGCACGCUUUGAAGAAGCAACCCAAAUAUGUCUUCAAAGAAGUAGAAAAUGCAGCCACUCCUUAUGCAGCAACCAUUAUUAUCAAUGAAAUGCAAUACAGCACAGGAUAUGGGAGCAGCAAAAAGCAAGCCAAAACAGAAGCAGCCAAGGCAACACUGGAGAUUCUAUUGCCUGAGCUGGGAGAGAAGAUCAGGGAAGAGUCCAACACUAAAGGAGAGGCUGAUUUAUCUUUCUUUGAUGAGAUCCGUAUUGAAGAUCCCAGAGUACCCGAGCUCUGUAACAAGACCAGUGAACUUUCUCCCUACUCCAUUCUAUUGAAUUGUUUACAAAGAAACUUUGGCCUUAAUGGUGCAAACAUAGACUCAAGGCUGGUGACUCAGAAGAACCAAAAAAAUGAAUUUGUGAUGACUGUGGGUAAACACACAGUGCAGGUCCAGUGUAAGAACAAGAAGGAUGGCAAGCAGAGAGCAUCUCAGGCUAUUCUUCAGAAACUUCAUCCACACAUUAGUAGCUGGGGAUCAUUACUAAGGUUGUAUGGAAACAGAUCUAUGCAGACUAUGAGAGAGAAAAAAGCUGAGGAACAAGAGAUCACAUUACUGCAGUCAAAUGCCACAGUCAACCAACCAAACACUUCCAUCAUUAAUAAGCUAAAGCAAGAAAUGCUUAAGUUGCAGGAAAUGAAGAACUCCAUCCAACCCAUUGGAAAGUUCCUUCCCCCAGAAGAUGUUGCUCUUCCAUCUGCUUCAGGAAUUGAUCUGAAUAAUGUGGACUUGUAAAGGCACUGUAUUGACACCAUUACAGUGUUCUCGAUGAUGUCCAUCACCAACACUGCAUUAUACAAGAUAUUUCGCAGACUUUCAAGUUUCUUGGUAGCUAAUCAGGAGGAUGAAAACUGUUUUCAUGAAAUACAGUUUGUCGUAGUUUCAUAUACAUUUUAAAAUGAUAUUUUAUUCAGUGUGAACUAGUUUGUCUAACAGAAUUAUAAGUCAGGUUCAUAGCUAUUUAGUAAGUGAAUGCAUUGCAUCACUACCUGUAACAGAUAACAGAUAUACUAAGUGAAAAAAGUGUUACUAAGCUGUGAUGAAAUAACUAACCACAAAGUUAACUGUGAUAUUCAGAGUGCAUGGACUUCAUCAAUUUUAUACCUCCUUUUUAUUUUAGCUAUACUAUUUAAGAACUAUUUAUUAUUGCAUAGAAUCAGUCUUUCACAAACUAUAAAUGACAUUUCAUUUAUGAUUUAGACUAUUGUGAAUGGUUACAGGUUUUAUUCUUAUUAAUUUUCCUAUUUAUAUGAAAAUAAUACAAUGCAGUAUAAAGAAAAUAUAUUUUAAAUAUAAUACACUGUUGGACACUGAUGUAGAAUAUAAUGACCACUAUUAUAUUUAAUGAAGAUGCUAUACUGUAUAAUUGAAAUUCAGCUUUUACAAGCUUUCAAUAUUUUUAAUUCUGCUUUUAUCCCUCAAAGGAAGGUUCCUUGAUGCUAGUGAGCAGUUCUUGAUCCAAGAUAUUGGAUUUGUCUUCCCCUUCCUUGGAUCAAACCUGAUUGACUCCUGUUUCCCAGGCACUGUAUGAUUGACUCCUGUUUCCCAGGCACUGUAUGAUUGACUCCUGUUUCCCAGGCACUGUAUGAUUGACUCCUGUUUCCCAGGCACUGUAUGAUUGACUCCUGUUUCCCAGGCACUGUAUGAUUGACUCCUGUUUCCCAGGCACUGUAUGAUCCCUGUGGGUUUAGUGUUUCCCCCUAAAUAUAAUAAUUAUAAUAAUGAUGGUUCUUUUGUAACAAGUAAUAGUCUUGCAACAAGUACAGUUAUUACAUAAGUUUUGUUUGUUAGUUUUUUGAUGGAGCAGUUCAAUGUUGUAUUUGUGCAUUUGAUUAGAAUUUGUAAUGGAAAACAAUUUCCCCUGUUUUGAAAAAAAAAAUUAGAUAUUCUCUUUGGAAAAUUUUGAAUUCUUAGAGGAUGCAGUAUCAGAAUAAAAAAUUUCAGUGUAAAUUCUCAAAAAUGUAUUUAACAUAUUUAGGAGAAUUCUAGAUAAAGGGUAAAUGAUUGUAGAGUACAGGCAGAGGCUCUGCUUAUUCAGCAGGCUACUGCUGUAAAGUACAGGCAGAGGCUCUGCUUAUUGAGCAGGCUACUGCUGUAAAGUACAGG